GAUGAAAGUAUCCAUACCUAUUAAUCGACUAGUUCAUUUGCUCUUUACUUCUGACCUAUACCAUUAGGUCAACAUGGAGAAGUCAGUGCUUUAAAACAAUAUGGAAUUGGCCUUACCUAGUAGUUAAGUGCUAACUUUUCUUCCAGUAAUAUCCACACCUGAAUCAAAAUAUAAAAUUAAGAUUAAAAAAAAAGCCAAAUAGUCAAGCAGAAGAAAACUUAGAGCCAAAGACUAUCUGAGUAAGGUCAGAUGGAAGAACCAUGAGAAGGUGUUUGCUCCUUGGUUUACAUACCCAGUUACAAACACAGAAUUGGCUGACAAGCAAUUCUGAAAGGGGCUUUAGGUGCUCAGCGCUUCCAGGGUCAGUUUUUAUUCUGCAGUCUUUUUUCAUAUUUCACAGUAUAGUGAUACAGCUACUCCUUGGACAGGACCCACCUUCGGUGUUCUACAAAGGGUCUGAUACUAUUCUAGGUUCUCUGGUGAAAAGAGGCUAUGUAAAUUCUGAUAUCCAGAUGAGGGGCACCAUGAGACACAGGCCUAUGUGAUGUUAUUAGCAAUAUUUUGUUUCUUAUUGCUGAAAUAAUUCACAUAGCUAAUUGCAACAGAACACAUAAAAUCCUUGAAUGCCACGCUUCACUGAGCCUUCAGCAUUAGUGUUUGAGUCUAGAAUUAUUUAUGGAGGCCUUUUCUUGAGACUGUAGUGGUGUAACUCCAGCCUCACUGUUCCUUGGGAUUUUUCAUUUGAGAGAAGCAUUCACUUCCUCUCUGUUCACUGCUAAUGAAGCCAAAUGAAGGAGGCAAAAGCCCUCUUUCAAGAUUGACAAAACUUUGUUCACCUUUGGAACUUUUCUAAAACUGCUUUUCCAAUUUCAUAUCACUAAACUCUUAACAACUGUUCAAAUCAGCAAGAAUCAUUGAUUCAUGGGUGCUACAUUGAAAGCAAUUUCCACUCUUCAUUUCCAAUCAUUCCCACUAGUCAGCUUUUCUAAAUCACUAUAGCUAUUAAAUCAACAUGGAUAUAAAUGGCAGGUCUGCCCCUGCAAAUUUGGGUCAGUUUUGAAAUUACAAGAGAUUUCUCCAAUGCAGCUCUUUCCUGUUAAUGUGCAGUGAUGGAAAGAGGACAGUUUUCAGAAAAACAGUGUUAGUUGCGACCUCGUGUAGGUUUUUAUUACACAGAUUCUCCAAAUUCUCACCUGUUACACAAUAAUAAUAGUAUCACUUGCCUCACAGACAGUAAGGAGGGUCAAAUUAAAUAUGGGAAACAGUAAUUCAGCUCUAUAGCCUGAUUUGUCUCUUUAACAGAAUGGUGCUGUGCUACCUAAUGUGCUCAUUUCCUGCAUUUACUGCUUCCCUAUUAUCCUUGUUAAGAACUUAAUAAUAUGACUCCAGGUUACUGCAGAAAAGUCUUCCACUUUUGAUUAUUUUUCUCUGUUAUAUUAUGUAUUUUAGCAAGUUAAAUGGUUCUUUGAAGUGAGUUAAAUGAUAGACACUAAAAAAUAAAAGAAUCUUCAUUCCUUUGUCAGUAUACAGUACAGAGUGACAUUUAGGCACAUGAAAUACAGUAGUUAUUAGCAAAAUAACAAGGAUGUACUGUUCCAUUAUUCUCUUAGUGAUGGGAAAGUAUCUCCUUUUUUGAAACCUUUUUUGUCUAUCUUCUUAGCAACCAUAAAUUACCUACAACCCUGGCAAAUUUGUAAAGGAAGCAAGGAAUGAUUCUCAAAUGUCAGUUCAAAUAGAAACACUGAGGACCUUGACACUGCAUGCACAAACCCAUUCCCAGCCCAGAGGUUUGGUAAACAUCUCAAGCAUGCUGUUUCCUUCUUUUAAGGACCCAAGUAUGAAAUCACAGUUACAGAUUGUUUUGCAUUUUGAUUAAAUAGAAGCAGGAAAUCUUUGAGCCAUGAUUACAACCUGGCCAGUCCACAUUUUGAUCAGUUUGAAGACCAUUGUUAUGGUUUAUGCUUAAAUACCCCUCAAAGCCUCAUGCAGUUAUAGGGCAUGAGCCUUUAGAAGGCAGAUGAAUCCAUCAUUUGUGGUCUAGCACUGGUAUUGGUAGUGUGAGUCCUGCACUCACCCAGUGGCAGGAAGCUAGCAUACACUAUAAGGAGGGAAGAAGGCCUGCUUUUCCUUUUUGCCCUUUUGGGUCUUGUCUCUUACAGCCACCAUGAGCAGUUGCCCCGUAGCCAUAACACCCUGCCUUGGUACCAGUUAACUGAACUGAAACCUUCAAAAACUGUAAGCUAAAUAAACCUUUCCUUCCUUCAUUUUGGGUGUUAAGUAUUUUGUCUCAGCAAUGAGAGAAAAGUAACCAAGACAACUACCCAUAGCCAUGAUACCUAAAUUCAGGUGUGGACAUGUAACAUGAUAUAUUAGAGAAAAUACAGGCUUUGGAGCCAGUGCUUGUUCCAUUCGAGCUGUGUUGCCACAAAUUAGUAACCUGACCUCACUGUCUUCUGCCACAUGGAGAAAAGAACACGUAUAGGAUUGAAGUGGUAUUUUUAUCAGGAAUAUAGGUACUAGCAGGCUCUCAAAAGUGGUAGUUUUGUUGAUGAUUACUAACGUUAAGAAAUAAAGCCUGCCAGCUAAAUCAAAUGACAGCUUUCUGAUUCAAUGGCAUCUGAUUGUAUUUCUCUUGAAUUUUUCUUAUUAUCUUAAGUUUCUGCUGAAGCCUCAAGGCUGACACAUUAACUUGUGUACCAUCAUGUUUUAAGGAGAAAUUCUUCCCCAUCCACAUAAGACUCCUGUAUUAGUCAGGGUUUUACUAGAGAAAACAGAUAUAACACAAAUGUAUAAGAAAUUACAAGAUUGGCUUAUGAUGAUUAACCACAGAGUCGAAUGAGGAAGCGUGCAGAGGAUGUCUGCAAGCAGGAGAUUGAAGGAUUAUUGAAUCCAAGGUCUGGAGUUCACUUCAGUGUCCUGUGCAAGUCCACACCAGCAGAUCAAUGGAUCUGUGAUGGAAGACUAAAGAAUCUAUGCUGGGAGACUGAAGGCUCUAAGGCAGAAACCGAAGAGUCUGCACUAGAAGCCAAGAGACAACAUUCAAGCCAAAGGUGAAAAAGAUGGAAGCGUCCCUAAAGAAUCAAAUCUCACCUGUCCUUCCUCCUUCUCUUUUAUUCCAUCCAGAAGAGUUAAGAGGAAGAUUUAUGAGGCAUGGAGCCUUCUGUCAGGAACGGAAGAAACUAGAGCGAAUGCAGAGAUGCCAAACUGCCACUAAGGCCCGUGGACAGUCUCAGCUCAGACUUCUCUGUACAACAUUAAGAUUGAUUAGUAAUAUGCCGCUUUUGCAAAAUGAAAAGAAACUAGUGCCAAGAAGGCAUAUUCUUCAAUAUCUGGAGUAGACCUGCUCUCAAGACAAUGGCUUCAAAGGUCUCCUGCCUGUAUGUGUUGACAGUUGUGUGCUGGGCCAGUGCUCUCUGGUAUCUGAGUAUAACUCGUCCCACUUCUUCAUACACUGGCUCCAAGCCAUUCAGUCACCUAACAGUUGCUAGGAAAAACUUCACCUUUGGCAACAUAAGAACUCGACCUAUCAACCCACAUUCGUUUGAAUUUCUUAUAAAUGAGCCCAACAAAUGUGAGAAAAACAUUCCUUUCCUUGUAAUCCUCAUCAGCACCACCCACAAGGAAUUCGAUGCCCGCCAGGCUAUCCGGGAGACAUGGGGGGAUGAGAACAAUUUUAAAGGGAUCAAGAUAGCCACCCUCUUCCUCCUGGGCAAAAACGCAGAUCCUGUUCUCAAUCAGAUGGUUGAGCAGGAGAGCCAGAUCUUCCAUGACAUCAUUGUGGAGGACUUCAUUGACUCCUACCACAACCUCACCCUCAAAACAUUAAUGGGAAUGAGAUGGGUUGCCACUUUUUGUUCAAAAGCCAAGUAUGUCAUGAAAACAGACAGUGACAUUUUUGUAAACAUGGACAACCUUAUUUAUAAACUCCUGAAACCCUCCACCAAGCCAAGAAGAAGGUAUUUUACAGGCUAUGUCAUCAAUGGGGGGCCAAUCCGGGAUGUUCGCAGUAAGUGGUACAUGCCCAGGGAUUUGUACCCCGACAGCAACUACCCACCCUUCUGUUCAGGGACUGGUUACAUCUUCUCAGCAGAUGUGGCUGAGCUCAUUUAUAAGACCUCACUCCAUACAAGGCUGCUUCACCUAGAGGAUGUGUAUGUGGGAUUGUGUCUUCGAAAGCUAGGCAUCCAUCCUUUCCAGAACAGUGGCUUCAAUCACUGGAAAAUGGCCUACAGUUUGUGUAGGUAUCGCCGCGUUAUCACUGUGCACCAGAUCUCUCCAGAAGAAAUGCACAGGAUCUGGAACGACAUGUCCAGCAAGAAGCAUCUCAGAUGUUAGAAUUUUUACCAAUGUAAAUAUGUUUCUUUUCUUUUUUAAGAAAUGGGGCCUAAGGCGUUGGUAUUUUACAGGCGUCACCAGGGGUAAUGAACUAAGGAAGGGGUUUUGUAAAACUUUUGCUUUCUUCUCCUAGUUUCUUUCUUGGAUUAUCAGUUUACAAAAGCCAGGCUGUGGUCAUAGAAACAACAGUGAUUUAGAAGGGCCAGAUUUCAUUCUCAGCUCCUAAGACAUUGCCAUUUAUCUCAAAAAGGGACUUCCAGAAAACUCCUAGGACUUAUGCACUGUGCAUCUGAGAUAAAAAUCUGGUUCUGGGAAACUGAAACUCACAGUAAUGUCUUCAUAUCAUCUCUACAAAAAUAAAUAAGCAAACAACUUUUUCAGAAACAAUUCAGAAAUGAUGCACAGUCAGAAAGACACACUGGAUGUGAUUAUUAAUACUGUAUGUGCUAUUGCUAUGCUCAAUUUUUACAUAUAUUGCCAUGUAAUCUGUAUAGUACUUAUAGUUCCAAUGAGAAUUGAACUUAGUACUGGCAGGGAGGCUGCAGAGAACUAGAUGGGAAUUUCAACUUGAGAAUCAAAUAUUCUGUGCAUUUGAAAGACAACUCUGCUUGCUCAUCCAAGGAUUAAACCUGGUCAGUAGGUGGAGUGUAUAUAAAAUGCUACUUACGGUAAACAAAAUUUUUUCUUUGCUCUUUCAAAACAAACAUUACACUACAUGGUGCCUCCAAGGAGAUUUUGCCAAAUGUAAUAAUCUUACCUGCUUCCUUUCACAUAAUGUUUUUAUGUGCAUUUCACCAUUUCUGGAUCAGGCAGGCACAUGUCUCCAUAGAUAGACAAGUUGACAGAAGGCCAGAAAAUAAGUCAUUCAAGAGAAUAAAAAGUUAUAUAUACAUAUAUUAUAAUUAACAUAAGCUUAGCAAUAGUAUAAUGUGUCCCUCUCACACAUUUGCAAAGCAUGUGAGAAAAUUGUUAAUGGGUAUCAAUAUUUUCUGAAAGGUUUGGUCCUCCUAUUGAUAGAUGGAAUAUUGUUUAGCCUCUGAAACACCCAAGCACCUUCAGGAGCAUAGCUGUUGGAGAGAUUUGGGGUGACUGUCACUCAAGUUCCUGGGAAGGAAGGGUGAGGAAGCUUGGAAUCAGAUCCUACUGAGGCCACCAAACUUAUCGGACCAUGUGAGCAGGCCACUCAAACCUAAUGUAUUUCAAUAUGCUCAUUUGUAAAGUGGCUGUAAAAAAAACCAAAAACACCUACCUCACAAGUGCUGUGAGAGCAAAUCGCAUUUGCUAAGUAUUUUGAGAUCCUUAAUAUAUAAGGUGCUACAUAAGGCAAUGCAUCAUGCAUUAUGCUAAAUGCUAAAAUGAUUAUGAUAAUUACAUUGAUGGUCAUGAGUAGUAAUGAAAUCCUCUUAACGUAAAAUAUACCAAAAUAAAGCUCAACUAUGAACUAUCAGUAUACCUAAUUCUACCAAGAUACUGACUUCUCCUUGGGUAUAAGUUAGUUGUUUGGGGAACUUCCAUUUCUCUGUCAUUUUUUCUGUGCUCAGUGAGUAAGUUAUUACUUCUGUGUGUUGCCUUGAUAUUCCAAGGUGCUGAAAGAAGUCAGCUGCCUUUCUUUGGGGAAGAACUUAGUAAAAUGCAUUGAAGAUGACUGAUAUCUCAGGGACCAUUUGACCUGAAUCCUCUUUAAGAACUUUGAGGACAGGUAGAGUGAGUCCAUCUCUAUCAGAAGAAGUCUAGGCACUCAGAACAUUAGCACACUGCAUACCCACCAUGCUUUAAAAAAUUCCUAGUUCCCAUUCAGUGAAAUCUGCACAGCUGAAAAAGUACACUUAGUUACUGCUUUUUAACGUAAGCUUUGGAAGCCUCCACAGAAGCUGAUACCAAAAAGGUAGACAAAUGGAUGUUGUGGCCUAUUUCUUGAAAAUACUGGAUGUCUCAUUCCUAGUCCAAAGUAGCCAAUGUGAGACAAGACUUCCCGUCCCUUAAUACAUCUUCAUCUUGUGGUCAGCAGGACUGAUGAUUUUGACGACAAAGCACUGUUAGGUAGCCAGGGGAGAGAUGGCACAGCAUAAGGCAAAGCCACACCCCAACCCCACCCUGUAACUUUUCAACUGCUGUGAGUUCCAGUUGCCGGAAAGACUCACAACUGCAUAAAUGGUUUACCUCCCCCCCCCGGGCAGCUGAAUCAAGUCUCUGUCUCAUACUACUGCCUUGCAUCUACUCUGUGCUCAGUCAAGCCCCUUGUAUUGUCAAGGAACUGCACACUGUAAACAUCAUGUAUGUACAUCCAUGAAUUGUUUUGUACGUGUCAAAACGGAGUCUGAAUAGACCCCUGACACUGAAACGGAGCAAAAAUCAGAAAUUCGUGUCUUAAAAAACUUUUUCUUAACUUUUUUUAUGCUAAGCCGUGCCCAUGUGACAAAUAUGUAAAUAUUCAUGGAAGGCCAGUGUAUAUAUUUUAAAGUUGUUUUUUCCUUCUCCCCAGUUGUAUGUACAGUUAGAAUUUGCUUGCUGUGUAAUAUUUUCUUCUGCAUGGAACUUGGUAAGGCAAGGUCAUCUGUCCACUAUUUCAAUAGCCUUAAGCAUGUUUACUCUUUAUUUUAUGAAUGUUCAAACGACUGUUUAAGUGAUCAAGUAAAUGUUUUAACUUGCUACUUUUGUUAAUUUUAUAUCAUGCAGCUGACCAAAUUAUUGAUGCAAUUAUUCGUUAAGCCAUUAUUAUCAUCUUUGACAUAAAAUAAUGUUUCAUUAUAAAUGGCAGUAUUCUGGAGCUGGGAAUGUAGCUCAGUGGUAGAGUGCUUGUCUAGCAUGUGCAAGGCCCUGGGAUCCAUCCCCAACACUGCAAAAAGAUAAGAAUAAAAAUUAAAACUCAGUGCUCUACAGGAUCAUUCAGAUGAUUUUCACAGAAACUCUGUGACUUCUCCCCCAGUUGUGUUCAUUAUGCAUUGGAUAACAAUGCCAAUUAAUGAUCAGUGUUUUGUAUUCUUAAUGUUUCAUUUUAAAUUUAUUUUUAGUAAGAAAAAAAAUAAUUUUAUCUCUGGUGGCCAGUAGAUGUGGCUUUGUGUCUUCUUAUAUUGGAACAGUUUCAAUAUACCAUAGGGUACUUUUAAAUAACAAGAAUCAAAAUGAAGACGAUUUUCAAUUUGAACUAAAUUCAGAAGAACAAGCCCCUUAGGUUAUAUGGGGGAAACAAACUUUACAGAGAAACUGAAGAAGGAAUUUUUCAAUCAAAUUUCUUCUGCCAAAAGAUAGUGGAUAUUUAUGUACAGUGUCUGGGAUUCGUUUUCUACUUUUCCUAUAUGUGGGUUCACUGGGGGAAUUGAUUAUGUCAUUUCUUCUGUAAAGCUGAAGAUAGUUUUUAUAAGCAACAAAGUGACUUGUGAAUGAAAGAUGUAAUUUACUAGAAACGCUUGUUGAUCAUUGACAUUUAGUAAUAUCAUUAUAUAUGAAUGAUUGUAUUUAUGUAUUUAUUUGUUCAAAGUUGUACAUACCGUUUUGCCAAAAGUAAUUGUCUGUAAAAGUGCACUCUCCGGGUUUGUAGUACCACUUAGGGUUACUUGGGUUGCCAAUCAAGCUGCUAAUCAGAAUACUAUUUUUUGUAUCAAUGUUUAAAACUAAAAAUGACAAAUAGAUGCUGAUUACAUUCAGUUUCUUCACUUUCCUCUUGAAAUGUAAACUGUUGAUUGAAAGCACGAUAAAAAUGUACAGGCCCAUCUGUCAUGAUGAAGAUUAUGGUUCCAUAAAGCUGAUUUUUUAAACCACUGGGACAAAUAAACAGACGAACAUAA